AUGGCUAUGUUUCCUGGAGAAGGUGAUGACGAGAUUCACGACCAAGUACCGGGGGAGGUAGCUUCCCCCGAUUUUAACAAGCCUUGGACCAUGUUUUUUGAUGGAUCGUUGUAUGAUACCGUCGGAGGAGAAGGAGUAGUGUUCGAAGAACCACAAGGAGAAUUGAUGUCAUACUCAUUCAAUCUGGACUUCCCUUGCAGUAAUAAUGUUUCCGAAUACGAAGCUUUAAUUCUAGAGCUCAGAAUGGCUAAGGAGAUUGGCUUUGGAGGCGUCGAGAUAAGAGGUGACUCAAGGUUGGUAACUAACCAAGUUAAUGGGGACUUCCACGUCAAAGAUCCGCAUUUAUCUCCAUACCGAGCAGAGGCUCAAAACUUGAUAAGUCAAACAGGGUCGACCCUAGAUCAUACGGGCAGAGGCAAGAAUAAACACGCAGAAUCCCUAGCAACACUAGAUAGAAAGAUACAGCUGAACGAUAAGGAAGAGGGCACAGUAACAGUUAGAAGGAAAGAGUUUCCUAGCACUUGGAAAGAAGACAUCGCCUUUGAAGAGGCAGAUUAUUGGAGGCAGACUUACAUCGACGAUCUGACCAGAAUGGAGGAUGAUCGUGUAAUACCUACUCAAACUCUGAAACAAUUCGUCUUGAUCCAAGGAGCUCUUUAUUAUCGAGCAACAAGGGGAUCUCUCGCCAGGUGCGUAAACAAGAGAGAAGCGGAAAAAAAAUACUCCAGGAGAUACAAGCGACAACAUGUGGGCAACCCGCAGCAGUUCACCUCUACAGAAAGCUUCAGAGGAGAGGAAUAUACUGUCUUAGUAUGUCAGCGCAAGAAGCGGCCCUCCAGGACAGUUGCGCUGAUUUCCAAGCCCCACCACAACCCGCCGAGGUCUGCACAGUCGACGGGGUAG